CCGAUUAUAUAACGCUCAUUACACGGUCAUUGCGUUCGAGCGCCAAAAUUUUGUUCCAACGUUCUUCGCAAGGAAAACCUUUCACUAUUAACAUGAAGGCUUUUUACUUAUGGGGUUUGUUCAGUGUUUUUAUAAUUGUUUGCAAGGCAAAGUCUGAAGCGAGAGAUGAUUUUCAUCCACACCACGUGAUUAGAAAAAGGGGUGCCGUCAGAUACCAUCGUCUGUUAUGGCCAGCGGUGAUCGAUUAUGAUUACAAGGUGGUGAGAGUGAAUAUCCCGUACACAAUCAAGACAGGAUUCUGGUGGUUCUUUGGCCUUGGUAAUAAUGAUGUGAAGAUGAUAAAAGAAGCAAUGGCUGGUAUCGAGAAACACACGUGUCUACGGUUUGUGCCUCGCGAAAGCCAAAAAGAUUAUGUGGAAUUCUACAAAGAUCAGAGUAACGCAUGUGAGUCCAGUAUUGGUCGUCAAAGAGGCAAACAAACCAUCGCUCUGGGAGACGGCUGCAUGAGUCCUGGUCACGUGUCCCACGAAAUUAUGCACACGUUAGGAUUUUUCCACGAGCACACGCGACCAGACAGAGACAACUAUAUAAAAAUUCUAUGGGACAACAUCAAGAAAG